AUGGAGAAGGAGGAGGGGAAGGAAGAGAAAGGCCCAGCGAAAUGCCCUCCUGCGCAGAGUGUGGACUCCAUGCAGAGAAAGAAUCGUUCAACCUUUAGACCGGUGUUGCUUGAAGUAGCGGGCUCACUGGACGACACGGUGUGCCAGGAGAUUACACGACGCUUGCGGCAGUACCGCAACCGAUAUGCCCCCAUUCUGAGACUGACAGCCACGCUGAUGGCACCGGCAGUGCAGGAGGUGGAACUAUUUGGCCAUUGCGAACGGGCUGAUGUUACUGAUGGGAGGGCCACCAAUGGCAAAAAGGGAAUAGCCGAAGGAGAAGAAACGAAUGGAGAAAGUGGCAGCGGUUCCAUGGUGGCGAAGAGACUAAGAGGCGAUUCACUCAUCGCCGCCCCUUGUGCCGCCAUCAUGGCAGAAAGACGGAUUGAGGUUGUAAGCCGUUUGCAU